UCAUGAGCCUGGCAGGGCCAGAAUGGGGAGCUGCCCCAGGGGGGCUGGGACCCAGAGUGUACAGGUGGUGUGGAGGGGCGGGAGUGACACUCAGCAAGGUUCCCUACUUGGGGGAGAAAUGGUGACAAAGCCCAGCCACGGGCCACCUCCACAUAGACAAGGGGAGGCAGCCUGAGCUGGACAGGCGGUGGUGGGGGGCCACAGCAACCCAAGCGCUGAGCACUCUCUGCAGCCCCAGGGAGCAGGUGGGUUCAGGGACCCUGUCCCCCCAGCAGCGCACCAGGACCCUGAGGACAUCAGGACAAGGACAGAGCACAGGUGCCCCUUUGGUGAACUCGGUCUGAGGACGUGGUCCAGGCCCCGACGGGCUCCCGAGAGCAAGGCAGCACCAGGAACAGACGCGCUCCCCACUGAGCGUCCACCCUCGCUGGGCAGCCCCAGAGGGACGCACCCCACCCACAGGGCCCAAUGGCUUCCUCUCAUCAGGGGGACAGGCACUCAGCUGCAGGGCCCACUCCAGCGCGGCCCCUUCAGCCCAGCUGGCGUAGGUCCUGCCGACACGCAUCGGGACGGGGCUGAACGCCAGCGGCCAGUCUUGGUCCAGAGGCCCCGGGAGGCCUCGGCUGGGAGAGUCCCUGCCGGUCCUUUGUGUGGCUCUGGGAAGGGUCAGAUCCCGUGGAAGCGUCAGAGUUUGGUUCUCCAACGGCAGGAAGUGGCAGGCUGCAGGUCACCUCCACUGGACUGUGGCCCCCGGCACAGGGCUCCUCCCCGGCCACAGCCCCCUGGGAGGCGGGGGGGCCGGGGGAGAGGCCAGCACCGCCCCGCCUGCAGUUGAGGAGCUGGACAGCUUCACCAAGGGCGUGUCCAGGUCUCCGGGGAAACGGCUUCCAGACAACAGCGUUCCCUAGUCCCCACGGCAACAAGGCUUGCACUCCGGUUUCCAGGGAAACCAAGCCUUCAGUGUUUCAGUUGCCAGAGCAACACCUAACGCUGGGUUGCCUACAGUCCCAACCCAGAGGGGGCAGCUGGGAGUCCAGGACAGGGAGCAGGUGCUGCACAGGUGUGGGGCCCGGAGCUGAAGGAGGCCCUGCCCGGCCAGGUCUCAGGAGGAGACGCCCUGGCUCCAGGCGCCAUGAGUUCCACCCCCAGCGAGCCUGCAGGUGGGGACGCAGCGGAGCGGUCCCUGCCAGGGCUGGGCGCCGUGAUCCAGAAGCUGGAGGACACUGUUCUGAGUCCCACGGCCAGCAGGGAAGACCGGGCACUGACCAUGCACGGGGCAGGCCGGCGGGCCUCCCCCACACCCCUGCCUGCCCGCAUCCGUGAGAUCGUGGCCAGUAGCCUGGGCGAGGAGCCCCCCCAAGGGGUGCAGGAGCUGGCUGCCGGGGCCGCCGGGCAGGAGGACAGCGAGCUCUUGCAGGAGCAGCUGGCCCGGCUGGAGGGCCUGCUGGCCCAGGUGGGCACCGAGCGGGAUGAGCUGGCCAGCAGGUACCACGCAGUCAGCGAGCGGCUGCAGGCCCGGCUGGAGACCACGGAGGCGCGGCUGCGGAGGUCGGAGCUGGAGCACAGCGUGGGCCUGGAGGGGGCCCUGGGCCGCUUGGAGGCUGCGGAGCAGAGGAGCACCAGCCUCUCCCAGGUGAACAGACUGCUCAGGGAACAGCUGGAACACAUGAAGAAAGCCAACGACGCGCUGUCUGCGGAGCUGGCCAGGACGACGGGCAGCGUGUUCCACCUGCAGGCCCAGCUGGAGCUGAGGGAGGCUCGGCGCUGGGCCCAGAGACAGGUGCUCCUCUGCCACUGGGCGCGGCCCCGGGACUUCCUCCUCCUGUGGCAGCAGGUGACAGCGCUCCGAGCACCCCUGGCUGAGCUGCGAUCGACCGCGGAGAGGGGCCUUGCUGACAUGCGAGCGGACGCAGCCAGGACCGCCCGGCGCCUGCACAUGGCCUGCCUGAACCUGGACUCCAACCUGCGGCUGUCGGCCGACAGCGCGGUGGGAGCCCUGGAGCUGCAGCUGCAGGGCAGGGAGCGGAAAAUGCUGCACCUGCGGAGCCGCUGGGACGCAGAGAAGGUGGCGCUGAAGGCCAGACUCUCUGAGCAGACGCUGCUGGUGCGGAAACUCACGGAGCAAAACUCGGAGAAGGAGAGAACCAUCUCUUCCCUCAGGGCGGAUGUUCGGAGACUGGAGUCCCGGCGUCUCGGAGGCGGGCGGGCAGCGGAGGAGCUGGCGGACCGAGUGGAGUGCCUGCAGCGCACCCUGAACAUCAUCGCAGAGGUGGCCUGGGCGGACUCGGGGUGCCCGGUGCUGGCAUCGACCAGCGCCACUGACGGGGAGGAGGCACCGGGUCCACCGAGGAGCCCCCUGCACACCUCGUCCCCUUGCUGGAGCCGGUCCCCACCUCGGGCCCACUCCCCGGCCGCCCUGGACCCCGCGCUGUGGGCCGUGCAGGCAGCCAUCGAGAGGCGGCGGCGGCAGGAGCAGGAACUGCGUCUGCAGCUGGAGUCUUGCCAGACGGUGGUGGCCGGGCUCCGGGAGCAGCUGUCGGAGAGGCAGCGGGAGCUGCGGGCCUCCCAGAGGGCCCUGCGGGAGCAGGAACGAGAGCGCGAGGGUCUCCUGGACAGGCUGGAGGCACAGCGCCAGGAGGCGCAGAGCUGCAGGGCGGCCAGCGACCGCCUGGGAAGAGAGAAGAAGGCUCUGGAGGUGGAGGUGGAGGAGCUGAGAGGCCAGGCGGGUGCUUGGGACUCGGACUCGAAGAGGCUGGAGGCAGAGAAGGCCGAGCUGCAGGGCCACUUCCUGCUCUGGGCGCAGCAGAAGGAGGAGCUGGAGGCCAGUCAAGGGCGUCUGCAGCAGCUGGAAGAGAAGGUCUCGGGGCUCAAGAAGGAGCUGGUGUCGGCCCGGGAGGUGCUGACCACUGCCCAGCUGCAGAGGGACUUUCUGGAGAGCGAGAGGGCGGCCCUACACAGCACCCUGGCCCGGGCCGAGUCCAGCAAUGCCGCCCUGGAGCUGCUCGUGACCCGGCUGAAGUCAGAGGGGGCACAGCAGCGGGAUGCCCUGGCCCGGGUGGCCGCCCUGACGGAGGGCUUGGCACAGGACAAAGGUGCCCUGACCCGCCAGGUCCUGCAGCGGGACCAGCUGCGGGACCAGCUGCGGGAACAGGAGCGGGUGCUGAGGCAGGAGCAGGCGGGCACCCAGGAGCACCUGGUGCGGGCCGAGCAGCGGCUGGAGCAGCUGGAGGGGCAGGUGGCUGGCCUGGCAGUUCACAGGGUCACUGGUGAGAAACAAGCCCUGGAGGAGCAGCUGGCCCAGAGCCUGCAGGAUCGAGAAGCCCAGAUGGACACUCUGCAGAGGGCCCUGCAGGAGAAGGCGGCUUGGUCUGAGGAGCGGGCCCAGCUGCUGGCCAAGCAGGAGGCCCUGGAGAGGCAGGGCCAGCUCACAGCUGAGGAGGCAGCUGAUCUCAGGGCCCAGCGGGACACGCUGGAGAGCAGCCUCCUGGAGGCCCGACAGCGGGCACAGCAGCUGCAGGCGCAGCGGGAGCAGCUGGAGGGAGAGGCCCAGAGCGCCCAGAGCGCCCGGCAGGCCCUGCAAGUGGAACUGGAGCGGCUGAGAGGCGCCUGGGAGGCCCGGGAGACGAAGCUGGAGCGGGACGUGGGGCGUCUGCGGAGGCAGCUGGCACAGCAGGACCAGGGGGCGCAGCUGGCCCUGCAGAGCCAGGCACGGGGCCACCACGAGGACCUCGCACGGCUCCAGAGGGAGAAGGAGGCCCUGCGUCUGUCUCUGCUGGAGGAGAGGGAGGGAGCGGCUCUCGAGUUGGAGCAGGAGAAGCAGCUGGUGGCAAAGACUACGGCCAAGAGGGAAGCUCUGGAGAAGCAGAUUCGCAGCCUGAAGCAUGAGUCCCACCAGGCCCUGUCUCGGGAAGAAGCAGAAAAGAGCCUCCUGCAAGAGCAGCUCUGCAGGGCCGAGCGGGAGCUGGAGCGGGUGCAGCAAGAGGCCCGCGGCCGGCAGGAGCAGGCGGAGGCCACGGCGAGCACCUCGGCCGCGGAGCUGAGGGCCCUGCAGGCGCAGUUUGAGGAGGCCAUCUCGGCCCAUCAGACAGAGGCCGCGGCUCUGCUGGGGAGCCUCCGGGAGGUGGCGACAGAGCGGGGUGUCGCAGGCAGAGAGGUCGAGCGGCUGCAAGCGCAGCUCAGGGAGGCCCAGGAGGAGCUGGCCACGCUGCGCAGGGAGCUGCAGGGCAGCGAGGACAGCCGCGAGGGGCUGCGUAGGACGGCCGAGGAGGCCCACCGGGCACUGAGCGCCGAGGCCCUGGAGAGGGACGUGCUGCAGAGGGUUGGCGCCGAGCUGAGGGCCGCCGUGCACAGGGCGGAGCAGGAGAAGGCCAGGUUUCAGCGGUCCAAGGAGGAGAAGGAGCAAGAGCUGCUGGUGCUGCAGGCGGCCCAGGCCGCAGCCCAGAGGGAGGCCAGCGAGCUGCAGGCCCGGCUGCAGGAGGCAGAGCAGGCCGCGGCCGACGCCCGCCAGGAGCUGCAGGAGCUGGGCAGACGGGUGAAGACGCUAGAGGCUGAGAACCGGCAGAAGGGCCGGGAGGUGCACCACCUGCAGGACCGGUGUGCACGGGAUGCUCAGAGGCAGCAGCGGAGCCGGCAGGAGGCCCUGGAGCUACAGAGGCAGGCGGCGGAGGUGGAGGCCACCUGGGAGGAGGCCCAGAAGGAGGUCCUGAGGCUGCAGCGGAAGCUGGCAGAGGUGGAGGCCGGAGCGGAGGCCCAGGCGAAGCAGGUGGAGGCACACCUCCUCGAGAGCCGGGGGGCCGAGCAGACCCUCCGGGCUGAGCUGCACAUCGCCAGCAGGAAGCUGCAGCAGGCCAACGGCGUGGCCGAUGGCCUCCAGGCUCGCCUGGACAGGGCCUGCCACCAGGUCCACAGCCUGGAGCAGGAGCUGGCCCGGGCCAAGGGCGCCAGGCAGGACACACAGGGCCAGCUGGACCAGCUGUGGGCCAUGCUCUGCCGCGAGCUGGGCCUCCGAGCACAGAGCCCCUGUGCCCGCCCCGGGCGGCCCGGCUCCCCCCGCAAAGGCCCGAGCGGCUCCCAGGGCCACACUGGGCGGCACAGUGGCAGCCCCCCUGCCCGGCCCCACUCACCACCCCGAUGGCCCCCACCUGCCCUGGGGCAGCACAGCCCGGAGGUGGACGUGGCCACCGUGCAGCAGGCCCUGCGGGACCUGAUGCGGCAGCUGCGGGACGCCCGGCGGGAGCGGGACACCUGGCGCUCCCAGGUGGCCAGCCUGAGCAGCCAGCUGAGGGAGGAGCAGAGCGAGCGUGCCCGAGCCCAGAGCCGCGUGGGGCAGCUGCACAGGGCGCUGGUCCGGGCAGAGGAAGGCUGGCGCCAGGCAGAGGGGGAGGCAGGCGGCGCCCAGGCCACAAGGGCCCUGCAGGAGGAGGCGCUGCGGAGACUGCAGGCAGAGCACCUGGCGAGUGUGCGGUCUGCGGGCCAGGAGAGGAGGUGGCUCCAGGAGCAGCUGGACGUGCUACACUGGGCCCUGGACGCGAGCAGGACACACAGCCAGGGCCCCGCCCAGAAGAGUCACCUGCUGGAAGGCCAGGUCCCUGGCCUGGAGCGCAGGUGCCCGGCGGCGGAGAGAGCUCUGGGGGCCCCUCGGCAGGUGGCCAGCAGGAAGGAGCAGCUGGACCAGAAAGUGCCGCGGCAGCGACAGGCCCGCCUCCACCAGGCCACCCCAGCCAAGAAGUGAGCCCUGCGGGCGGCCCCCGCCAGGGCUGACGGGGCCGAGCACGCACCCUGACCAGCCGGGGCGGAGCACGGCCGGGGAAGCGGCACUCGUGUGGCUCAGGGGACCCCGCUGCACAGGGCGGGCCCGGUGCUGGCAGAGGGGCCAAGGCCGCGGGCAGCCCAGGCCACGCUCACCCCCAGGCCUCUCCUGGUCCUCGACCGCCGAGCUCCCCUGGCCCGUGACUCGGGUGUUCGCUGCCGCUGGACGGCUCCUGUGGGUGCUCCCACCAAGCAGCAACCCCAGCCACACCAGGUCCCCACCUGGACAUGCUGAUCGGAGUAGACCCUGGUGGCCAGGCCCCGCCAGGCCGGCUUUCUCGGCCAACGGCUGCAUCCGUGCCCUUGGCUCUGUAAACACGGGGAAACACGUGGAAAACAUUUCCACCGGCCGGAGCCAAAAACAGAAUGUCCCACGAGGCCCAGCCCCACCUCCCACGUCCAGAGCCUGCGGAACCUUCCGGAUCCAGGAACUGCAGGUCUGUCACGGUGGCAGGUGGCUGGAAAUGACUCAGUCUUCCCCGUGACUCACUCACUGGCCGGGGAGGCGCAGGGUGUAACAGUCAGGCUUGCACAGGCUCCCACUUUCCCAG